ACUAGGCAAAACAAAAUGGAAUGGAAUGGCAACCUAAGAGUACCCUUUGUUUCUCGACCAGAGAAUCCCUUUACCAGCUUCCUUUGCAACUACAAUGAUAACCAUUAUCCAGAUAUAGAGAUUAAGUAUCCGGUGGUGGCGCAGCACGCAUCACAGACGGUGGAUGUUCCAGCAGUGGGCAAGAAUGACUAUGGCAAUCUAGAGAAGAAGAAGCGAUUGACAAGUGAUCAGUUGGAGGCACUGGAGUGUAGUUUCCAGGAGGAGAUAAAGCUGGACCCUGAUAGGAAGAUGAAGCUGUCACAGGAGCUCGGGUUGCAGCCUCGGCAAGUAGCUGUUUGGUUCCAAAAUAGGAGGGCUAGGUGGAAGACCAAGCAACUUGAGCGUUUAUAUGACACCCUCAAACAGGAAUUUGAUGUUGUUAAUAGAGACAGGCAAAAGCUUCAAGAAGAGGUUUUGGCUUUGAAAGCUAUGCUGAAUGAGCAAGCCAAGAAGCAAGUUUCUACAUGUUACACAGAAAUCUCCGGUGAAGAGACAGUGGAAAGCACGGCGGUUGUUGCUAAUCGGAGCUCUCACAAGCCACAGGGAACAACAAGUCAGCAUCAGAUCACAGACUCCAACUAUGUUUUCAGCUUCGAUGACUAUAGUCCGGUGAUGCCGCCGCCUUACUGGGGUGCUCUGCCUUCUUAUCCUUGAAAGGGCUGGCUAAGUUGUUUACUACUACUCUUUAGUUAAAAACUAGUAAAGGUUUGUAAGAUUGAUGGAAGUACCUUGGUUUUCUACUUCUAGCCAGCACAGAGGGUUGGAGCUUGAGAUUACACUCGAAACAAGCUUCCAACAGCAUGGCCUUUUUAGGACAGUUUAUUUGUCUUCCUGAAGAGGCUAUCAAUCAUCAUCAUUAUUAUUAUCAUUAUCAGUAUCAUUAUCAUCAUCAUGUUCACACACUUCACACAUAUCCAUGCUCAGUACCCUUUUACAAGGGUGCUUUUACAGUGAAUGAUAAAAGUGUUGGUUAUUUUUCAGUUCUGGAAUGAAGAGGAUGUAAUGGUUGUGUUUCUUAGAUAACUUAAAAUCUGAAUUUAUAGCCUUGUUUGGUUCAAAUUCAUUAUUCCAAAAAUAAUAAUAAUAAUAAUAAGAUAUAUAAAUAAAUAGAAUUAGUAAGGAAGAAGUUGAUAGUUACUAAUAAGCUCUGGCAGAAAUGGUAUAAUUAAGAGGUUGGUGUUGGAGUUCAGGUGAAAUCAAAAUAUGGGUGUGUGUUCUCUACCAUUCAAGAAAGAAAGAGAAAAAAUAAAUAAAAAUUCAAUAAAGAGAUAAUCAGUAGAAAAUGAUAUUUUGUGCGACUAGAGAGAAAAAAAAAAGUUGGAAAGAAUAAGAUGAGGGUUGUAAAAGUAAUAAAAUGAAUCAUGCGACUAAGA